CGGCAUGGUUACCGUGUUUGGCUCGAACUUACGCGAACCACGUGAGUCACGUUUUGUUUCAUUCGUCAGCGGGAACUUCGCUGGAUCUCGCUCUCCUCCGAUGAUCUUCAUCUCGCCAUGUCGAGCCAGGAUGAAACGAGCGCCGUCUGCAAAUGUCAGUACACUCUUUGUAUAGGCGCGCAAGAGACGAGAGGCAGUGUUAAUGACAUCCCUAAUAUUCACGAGAUCGACGAGGAAGAGAGCGAGACCGAGGAAACGACGGCCUUAAAACGACCGGAUCCUUCGGAUGAAGAGGGCGGCGAGAAGGCUGUGCAGAAGGCUAGGAACGCGUCGAACGACGAGUCCGCGUAUACAGGCGAAUCUUUCUGCUCCGACGACGAGCAGUCCUGCGACGAAUCUGAAAUCACGUCGGGCUCGUUGAAUUCCUCUUCUCUGAUCCACAUUACCGAUCUCCAGCUCAGCGAGAGCUCGAAGGAGCAGGACAUCGAAGCCAGCGGGUCAGAGUGGAGGGACGACGAUCGUCAGGAUGACUCCUACUCGCUCAGCGACGAUACUGACGAGCCGUCGUGCACCGCCACAGCCGACAGGUCCGCCGGACAGGCGAGGAGGACAUACAAACGAUGCAACAUGAGCUUCACCGACGAGGAGAUGCGCAAGAUCGAGCGGGAGAACGAGUUGCUGCUGAGGAAGAUCAUGGCGCAACAGAAACCUCGGCACCGGAUCCUUGGCGAGGGUAGCGCUCAGUCGAGGACCAGCAGCUCCGCGAUUAACAGGAAGAAGUUACAAAAGAAGAUAGAAAACGAUAACAUGCUGCUCCUCCGAAGGAUACAAAAGGCGAAGUCGUGCGUUUUCACGGAUACAUCGAAAAUGGGUUGUAGAUUGACCUUUUUGUAGAAUUUUUAUAAUAUUGAAAAAGAUUUUGUAUCGUCUCGUUAUAGGAAACACAUCAGCCGACUGAGAUUUAAACUGAUAUAUUACCUGUAAGGGAAUAUUGUGAUAUAUAAAUUAGAGGAAGGAAAAGUAUAUAAUUCACUCUCUUAUAUAAAAUAAAAAUUCAAAUCAUUAAUGUGGCUGAAAGAAUGUGAGAUAACCAUUUUUAAACCAUUUUGAAUUUGCGUUGAAAACGGCUCAAAACGGAACGUUACGGAUUUUUAAUUAAAAACAAUUUCAUAUCGAAAAAAUUACGCACUACAAAUUACAUCGGACUCGUAUAAUCCUUCACAUGAUUUUAAUGAUUAAUAUUUUUAUAAAUUAUGAAAUUAUUGUUUUUAGUAGGUUAUAUAAAUGUAACAUAAAUGAAAAGUGGUCCUGUGAAGAGAACUCACGAUAGACUUCGACUCUGAUAAUCUGUGAAGAAAAAGAGUUCCUACUUUUCCGAAUACAAAAAUUAUAUUACGCUUUUUUUUGUGACUUCUUUAUUAAAACACAACGAUUACCAGUCUUGAAGAAUAGGUACACAUUUCUUUUUUUUUUUCACUUCGUAUUUUGUGUAUACGGCGCAAUCCUUGUAAACUCGUCUCUUGAAAAUUUACUUGAAGAUACCUCUACAAGUCAAGACUAUAAAAAAUCACAGUUCUCACUCAUCUCAAAUAACUUAAUUAUCACUCAUGGUUAAUAUCAAAAAUCGGGAACUCUCGAAUAUUAUGAUGGUUCUCUUUUUUUCUUUCUUUUUUCUUUUCCUUGCGUUAUUACAUACACGGGCGAUAUCGUAAGAGAAGAGAGAGAGAGGGUGUAUUGUGUGUUGUCAAAGGAGCAAAUUAUAAAUUUUUAUAUAAGCAA